AUAUAUACUAGGAGACGAAGCGAUUCAUAUUUAUCUCCAAACCUGUCUCUCUCUCUCUCGAUCGACACUCGAAACCCUGUGGCUAUUUACAAAUUCGGGGGAGUACGUGAUCAGCCACGGUCGGGUCAAGAAUAAUGGGGAGUCAAGUUGACAGCAAGUUCACUUGGGUGAUUAAGAACUUAGCCCCUUUUGGAUCGCAGAUAAUUUAUUCUGACUCAUUCGUAAUAAGUGGGUGCAAAUGGCGUCUUAUUGCCUAUCCCAAAAGUAAAUUGCUUAACUACUUGACUUUGGAAGUUGCUGAUUCUGAAUCUUUUCCUAUUGGAUGGAGAAGGCUAGCAAAUUUUUCCGUGACUAUAGUAAAUAAGGCUCUUAAACAAAUCUACCGACGACAAGUAACACAACAGUGGUUUGAUCACAAGACUCCCAGGUUGAGUUUUCCACUCAUGAAAACCACCCUUGGGUUUCUGGUGGAUGAAGAAGUCAAAAUUGUUGCUGAGAUAGAUGUUGUUGAAGUUAUCAUUAAUGGAUUCGAAGUUCUUCCUUCACAGGUCAAAUCUGUCAACCGUUUGUUUAAGAGACAGCCAGACAUUGCAUCAAAGUUUCCUAUAAACAACCCACUUCUGAAGACAUCAUACAUGAAUGUCCUACUCAGCUUGACUAGGGCUUUGCACUUGUCACCUCAGAAAAUCUCCAAUGGUGAUCUAUCUGAUACAGAAACUACUCUUGCACACAUGAAAAGUAUAGGUUUUAAGUUGGAUUGGUUGGAGAAAAAACUUGGGGAGAUAAAAGAAAAGAAGGCAAAAGAGAAAGCUGGUAAGAUUAAGAUCCAAAAUACUGAGGAAAAGUUGAAGGAUUUGAAGCAGAAGUGCUUAGACCUUGAAGCUCAGCUGGAGACUGAGAAGGCAGAGGUUUUGGCUGCAAGUGCUCCUCUCUUGUUGUCUGAUGAUGAAGAUGUUUUCUGAUGAAUUGAGUUCUUAGGUACUUGAGUUUAGAUUCUUCUAAUGCUAGGGUGUUUUGGUAACUAAAUGGUUUGUAGUUUGGCCUUAAGACUCUUUCUUUAAUUGUAACCAAGACGUCACACCCGGAUGAAACAUUCGCCUUUAA